CUCUCGCUCAACUAACUGUACCAUCCCUACCUACAACCUCCAAAGUCUCCAAUUCCCCUCCACCCUCCCUCUUGCUCUUCAUCCUUUUCUGUCCAUCCUCGCCCUCAGCUUCUCUCUGCAACUGAUUCUUUGUUUGCUCAUCCCUGGUCUCACCCCCCGACCAUAGUGCCCUCCUCCUCAGAAUUGACCCUCUCGACACCCAUCUAUCAUCAAACAUCUCAGCAUGUGGUAUGUAAAAUAAUUCCAUCAUUGGUUCUACAUUGAUGAAAAAGCUCUUCAAGUUUUAGAUAGAAGGGAAACUAACUUGAGUAACUACAGUGGAAUCUUCGGCUAUAUCAAUUACUUGGUCGAGAAGGACCGCAAGUACAUCAUUGGUACAUUGAUCAAUGGUAGGCUCCCCAAAUCCUUGAAAAUUCUUGAAUCACAAUGGCUUGGCAUGCCCCACGCUAUCUAAUCCCCCUAUCCUGUGGACAAGCCUAAUCCGUUUGCACAGGUCUUUCACGUCUUGAGUACCGCGGCUACGAUUCGGCGGGUAUUGCAGUCGAUGGCGACAAAGAGAAUGAGGUUUUCGCAUAUAAAGAAGUCGGAAAGGUUGCAAAGCUCAAGCAACUCAUUGACGAGGCUAAGCCUGACUUGAAUGCCACAUUUGUCUCCCACGCCGGAAUCUCGCACACCCGCUGGGCUACCCACGGACAACCUUCACGUCUAAAUUGCCAUCCCCACAGGUAUUAUGACCCGCCAUUCCCACCUUGGAUGAAGUAAUGCAAGGGAGGAUAGCGGUGACUGAUGACUGGCGGUAAAUUUAGGAGUGACCCCACAUUCCGAUUCACCGUUGUGCACAAUGGUAUCAUCACAAAUUACAAGGAGCUCAAGGCUCUUCUGGAGAGUAAGGGUGAAGUAUUCGAGACCGAGACCGACACGGAAUGUAUCGCAAAGCUUGCGAAAUAUAUUUAUGACCAAAAUCCAGCUAUCGAUUUCACCACCCUUGCCAAGUCGGUCAUUGCCGAGCUUGAGGGAGCCUUCGGCCUGCUUUUGAAGUCAGUCCACUAUCCUCACGAGGUUAUGGCUGCCCGUAAGGGUUCUCCCUUGGUCAUUGGUGUCAAGACCCAAAGGAAAAUGAAGGUCGACUUCGUCGACGUCGAGUUUUCUGAUUCCGCCCCACUUCCCGCUGAGCAGGCCUCGCAUAAUGUUGCCCUUAAGAACCUCAGGAACGGCCCACAAAACACCUUGGCUCCCCCGGAUAAGAGCCUUCUACAUAGGUCUCAGUCCCGCGCUUUCCUUUCGGAUGACGGCAUGCCAGUCCCUGCCGAGUUUUUCUUGAGCUCGGAUCCAUCAGCGAUCGUAGAGCACACCAAGAUGGUUCUUUACCUUGAGGAUGAUGACAUUGCUCACAUCCACGAGGGUCAGUUGAACAUCCACAGGGCAGGAAAAAGUGGUGGCGCCUCUGCUAUCCGCUCAAUCCAGACACUUGAGCUGGAGUUGCAGGAGAUCAUGAAGGGCAAGUUUGAUCAUUUCAUGCAAAAGGAAAUUUUCGAGCAGCCCGAGUCUGUUGUAAACACCAUGCGUGGUCGUUUGGAUGCCAAGAACAAGAAGGUUACUCUUGGCGGCCUGAGACAAUAUCUUAGCACCAUCCGCCGGUGUAGGAGAAUAAUUUUCAUUGCAUGCGGCACGUCGUAUCAUUCGUGCAUGGCUGUUAGGGGUAUUUUUGAGGAACUGACCGAAAUCCCAAUUGCCGUUGAGCUCGCUUCCGAUUUUCUGGACAGACAAGCACCAGUUUUCCGUGACGGUGAGUUCAGUUGUAAGAUCUUGCUCGAGCGCAUGUGCUAAAGGCUACUAGAUACUUGUGUCUUCGUCUCCCAAUCUGGCGAGACAGCGGAUUCCUUGAUGGCACUUAAAUAUUGUCUGGAGCGUGGAGCUCUGACGGUUGGUAUCGUCAACGUUGUUGGAUCUUCAAUCUCUCUUCUCACCCACUGUGGUGUUCACAUCAAUGCUGGUCCCGAAAUCGGCGUUGCUUCUACCAAGGCCUACACUUCGCAAUUUGUUGCUCUGGUCAUGUUUGCAUUGUCAUUGAGUGAGGAUCGUGCGUCUAAGGCUAAGCGACGAGAAGACAUCAUGGAUGGUUUGACCCGCAUUUCAGAACAGUUUAAGCAGAUCUUGGAGCAAGACCAGGCUAUCAAGGCGAUGUGCUCAAAAUUCUUCCACAACCAGAAGUCAUUACUCUUGCUCGGCAGAGGAAACCAGUUUGCCACUGCCCUCGAGGGUGCUCUUAAGAUCAAGGAAAUUUCGUACCUCCACUGCGAGGCUGUCAUGUCCGGAGAAUUGAAGCAUGGUGUGUUGGCGCUGGUUGAUGAGAACCUCCCUAUCAUCAUGAUUUUGACGAGAGAUGAGAUCUUCAAGAAAUCCCUGAAUGCUUACCAACAAGGUAUGGAGAAUCUCUCUUGCAGCCCCAUCGCUCUAGUUACUGAUUAUCUACCCCCUUAGUUGUUGCCCGUGGUGGUCGUCCAAUCGUUAUUUGCAACGAGGCCGAUGAGGAAUUCAAAAACGAGAAGUGCGAGAAGAUUGAGAUGCCUACGACAAUUGACUGUCUGCAGGGUCUACUCAAUGUGAUCCCUCUCCAGCUCAUCGCUUACUGGCUCGCGAUUGCCGAGAACCUGAACGUUGACUUUCCUCGUAAGUUUCCCCGAACCCUGCCCGGCCGUUUGAAUGCACAUGACUAACCUUCUGUUAGGGAAUUUGGCCAAAUCGGUUACUGUUGAGUAAGGCUCUUGUAGCGGGCACCCAUUGUUGUUAGCGGUGUUGGAUAUCCAGUUUUUGUUCGGGAACCUAGGCUUUUUGUUUUUUACUAAUGUUUUACGAAUGAUUGGAUGGGUCAAAUGAGCGGUCGAUGUAGACUUUGAAUGAGAAAAAAACGGGAGAAUCUCGGGGUUAGUUGUGGGACUCAUUUUCAAAAAUAAAAAAUAUAUACCUGCCUUUUUCUUACUGGUGGAGAAUCUGAGACCAAGCGCCGUUUAUCGGGGGGAUCUGUGUGUAAACUUGAACAUGAACGUUGCAUUGUGUUAUGGAUGGACUUUCAUGCACGUAUAGACAAGGGGUUGUUGGGGCGAGGAGAAAAAAUUCAGCAACGGGAACUCUACGACAUGACAGGGUGGGUAGAUUUAUCAUAGCCGUCUACGGUACUAGUAACCUGUACGAAAUGAUGCUGAGUCAAUCACCCACUUUGUUUACGUCGUUUAUAUCUCAAGUUCACAAUAGUAUUUCAUGGGCCAAUAAGCUUGCGACUCGUCUGCAUCUGAAUUAUCUUAUCUAAUGAAUGGUGCUAGGAAGGUGGAGGCCCGUUGCUAUGAUAGAUGAAUUUAUGGGUUUGGGUGUUACGGUAUUAUGCUGUGGUGACAAGUUCGAGUUCGGGUUCCUGGCACCUCACAGAACGCCCAUUUGACAAGCCCGUAAGCAAAAGGCCAAAAAGCUGCACGGGACGCCUCAU